AUGACAGGGCCAGUGAGUAAUGCUUUCUACACCACAAGCCGUGCGAGUUUGUGCUUGCGCGUUUGCUGUUGUUAUCGCAGCUUCACACAGCUCGUCUUCCUCAUUAAACACUGAACAUAUGAGAACAAGGAACUUAACAAAUGUCACGUAACAUUUACGUCGCUCAGUAAAAACAUAACUUGAUGUUGUUAUGAUCUGAGGGGCGAUGUAAAGAAAGCAACAGGACGACAAACGUAAGGGGGGUUUAACAAAUCUGUCAACACUCUUAAUUUUGCUUUACAUCGGAUAUGGAUGCGCCUGAAAACUCGGGGAGCCGUAUUGCUCGCACUAUUUGGACUGUUUGGGGUUAUCUGUCAGGGGCUGUUGCGAGAUACCUCAGACCGGAAGUCACAGAUAAAGGAAACCAAAGCGUUAAUUCUAGAUCAGAUGAGGCUGCAGUUAAUAAAACUGACAAAGAAGUGAAGGCAGAAAGUAGUGAGAGCCAACAUGACAAAAAUACAGCAGAGAUCAAGGGUUCUUCACCUGAUGUCAGAGCGCAAGUCCAGUGGGAAAAUACUGGUGUGGUCAAGGAUGACAGUAAUGAUGAACUUAACAUUGACGUCCCUAAAACACAAACGUACCGUUUUGCAAAGUGGUCAACUGGGACUGGGAGUAUGUCUGGUGAUGCUCAUGCUAAAAAAGAAACAGCAAAUUCUGAGCGUAAAGAGAGUGACGCAACACAUGGGUUGGAGGAAAUUGGGCAAACUGAACAAGAAGAUGCUAAAAACAAAGAAUGUGAUCAGGUUGAAAAGGGUGUGACUAAGGACGAAUUAGAUCAUGCAGAUAUACUGGUCCAAUCUGAGCUUCAGGAACAAGAUGAAAAGCUAGGACAUGGAGAGAAUGAAGUCGUUGGAGGUUUAAAACAUACAGAAACAAAUGAGGUAGAGUUUGUUCACCAAAAUAAUGAGGAAACGAUUAAGAAUGAUGAAGAAAGGGUGCAAGAUUUGCCUCCACUUCUGGAAUACAGUAAAAAGGAAGCAGAUGAACUUUCAAAGCUUGAAACACUGAAUUUAUUAGACACAUAUUCUGAUAAAGUUUAUAAAUUAUCUAAAAAUGAGCUUGAUCAGAGACCUGGUACCGAGGGUGCAACUGAGCAGGAAGAUAGCGAAACAUCACAUAAGAUAAAGCAAACUGGGAAAACUAAAGAAGAAGAUGCUAAAAAUAACGAAUGUGACUGGAAAAAUCAGAAUGAAAAAUGUGUGAUGAAAGAUGAAUUAUAUGAUGCAGAUAUACUGGUCCAAUCUGAGCUUCAGGAACAAGAUGUAGAUGAAAAACCAGACCAUGGAGAGCAUGAAGUCAUUGGAGGUUUAAAACAUGCAGAUACAAAUGAGGUAGAAUUUGUUCAUCAAAAUAUCGAGGAAACAAUUAAGAAUGAUGAAGAAAAGGUGCAAGAUUUGCCUCCUGCUUUACGGUAUUCCAGAAGGGAAGCAGAUGGGCUUUCAAAGCCUGAAACCCUGAAUUUAUUGGACACAUAUUCUGAUGAAGUUUAUGAAUUCUGUAAAAAUGAGCUUGAUCAGGGACCUGGAACCGAGGGUGCAACUGAGCAGGAAGAUAGCGAAACAUCACACAAGAUAACGCAAACUGGGAAAACUAAAGAAGAAGAUAGUAAAAACAAAGAAUGUGACUGGAAUAAUCAGGAUGAAAAGUCUGUGAUGAAAGAUGAAUUAGAUCUUGCAGAUAUACUGGUCCAAUCUGAGCUUCAGAAGCAUGUUGAAAAACCGGACCACGGCGAGAAUGAAGUCAUUGGAGGUUUACAACAUGCAGAUACAAAUGAGGUAGAGUUUGCUGAUGAUGAAAUGAUUGAGAAUGAUGAAGAAAAGGUGCAAGAUUUGCCUCCACUUCUGGAAUACCGUACUGGUGGCCUUUCUGUGGCUGAAAAGCUGAAUUUAUUGGACACUUAUUCUGAUGACUUUGAUGAAUUCUUUAAAAAUGAGGCUGAUCAGGUUGAUUUUGGAAGUAGGAGUGCAACUGAGAAGGAUAAAGAUUGUGAAACGUCACAUGAGAUAAAGCUAACUGGGAAAACUGAACAAGAUGAUCAGCGUCAUGAGGAUGAAAAAUGUAUGAUGAAGAAAGAAGAUCUAGGCUACACAUCGAUAACUGUCCAAUCUGAUUUUAAAAAACAGACAGAAAAGAGGGACCCUGAAGAGACAGAAGAUAUUACAGAAGCAGGGGAACAUGUUAUGGAUCAAAAGGGGACAAAAAUAUUUGAGAUGAAUGAUCAGGGGGAAAACGAGAAGGAUGAAGAAACAGCACUUAAAUCACAAUCAGAAGAUGUGCUUCCUCAGUUUAAAUAUUCCAUCGAGGACACACUUUCAAAUGCUGAAAAGCAGAACUUAAUGGAAACAUAUUGUUCUGAAAGUGCUGAAAAUGCAGUAGGAGAUGUGUUGCUUGCAUCUGAGAAGGAUGAAGACGUGACAGAGCGUGAACAAAACACCAUAACUUCUGAAUUGCAGUCAACAGAAACGUUGCAUAAAAUUUCCAAUGAAGUGCCUAAAACACAUGAACCAAACAAUGAAUUGGAACCGAAAAUGACCACAGUAUUGGUUGAGUGUUUUGAAACUGUUAAUACAUCCGAAGACACCAUGCUGUUAGAUUCAAAACAGGAUACUCCAGAAAAUACUACAGAAACAGGAACUGGAUCGCCAGUCGUUGCUGUAAACACUGAAGGCAUGUUUUCAGAUGUGAUUGUUUGCAAGUUCCCAGGAGAAUUGAGGAAAGAGAUUUCAUCAACAGUGCAUUUUGAGGAGAGCAAAACCUACCUAAAUGAUCUCCAGUCUGUUUCAGAAAGGCAUUUAGAAAGAGAUGUUGAGUUUGCAUGCACUGCUGGGCGUUCAGAGACACUGAAACCAACCGAGGAAGCUGUUGAGGUUGAAAAAGACAUCGAAACUCUAAUCGAAUCCUUGGGUGCAGCUGAAAGUCAGGAAAUUUGUCACAAGUUGUCACUUAUGGAAGAUGUUGAAUUAAGUACCAAGCUGAUGUCAGAACAUGAAAAGGCAGAAAGCUUUGAGACAAAAAUCACUUUAGAGUCACGUGAGCGUCUUGAGUUUGCAAGAGGAGAAUGUAAAUCAUCUCAAGAUACGAUGGUGGACACUUUAUCAGAAUCACUAGGACAUUCAGAUGGAUCUGCCGAGGUAGAACAGGUUGCAGAUGUUGACUCCAUAUUAAGAAGAUCUUUACCCCCAUCAGAGUUUGUAAAGGAAAGUCUCGCAAGGGAAUCAGAGAGAUUUAUUGAGGAGCAGGAGAUCCUGAUGAAGACUGCUUUAGAUUAUGUUGAGGAAAUAACAAAUCAAGUGUUGAAGGAGAUGAUAGAAACCGAAAUGCUGAAAAAGACUGAACAUUCGGUAGAGCUUUCAGUGGAGGAACUUGGUGAUGCAGAAUGUCAAGGAACAGCAAACAGUGUGUCAGCUGAUGCAUUUGUACUGGAAGAAGAUAGGAUGGUUUCAGAGGAAACAAUGGAAAGUAAUGUUCAAAUGGAGGUGGAAACCUCCAGUGAAGAUUUCAAGCAAAAUGAGCAAGAUACUAGUUCACCAAAGCUUGAAACAACUGAAGCUGAGAGACAUCACGAGCAACAAACUCAUCAUUGUGCAGAGUUAUCAACUGGAACUGAUUAUUUAGCGACUAAUCAAGAUGAUUCAGACAUAGAUGAAGUCAAAGAUGAUGAUGCACUUGUUAAAGACAGAGAAGUUUCAUCUAAAAUUGAAUAUGCAAACAUUGAAUCUAAAGACAGUGAAUCUGCACAGGAGCUGGAGAAAAAUUGGCAAAUUGAACAAAAAGAUGAUGAUGGAAAGUGUAAGAUGCCGAUAAAGAAAGAAGAUCCAGAUAGCACCGAUAUGGUCCAGUCUGAGCUUUAUGGAGAAUAUGUAGAGGAAUAUAAACAGAUAAAGAUGAUGGACCUUGAGGAGACUGAAGGCACUGGAGGUUUGAAAUUUUCAAAUGAACAUUUUACUCAUGAAAAGGAGAAAAACAUUGAUCAGAAUGAUCAGGAAAGAGCUGAGGAUGAUGAAAACCAACAACCUGAAUUACAAGCGCCAGCUGAUGCAUUUGUACUUGAAGAGGAAACUAUGUUAGUCGGUGAAACAAUGGACGGUAAGGUAGAAAUGGAGGUGGAAACCACAAGUAGUGAAGAUGUCAAGCAAAAUGAGCAACAUACUAGUUCCCCAAAGCUUAAAUCAACUGAAGCUGAGAGACAUCAUGAGCAACAAAUGCAUCAUUGUGUAAAGUUGUCAACUGGAAGUGAAAAUUUAGGGAGUAAUCAAGAGGAUACAGACAUAGAAGAACACAAAGCUGAUGAUGCACAUGGUGAAAGUGAAGAAGCUUCAUCUGAAAGAGAGUAUGCAAACAUUGAGUGUAAAGACAAUGAGAAAAAUUGGUGGACUGAACAAAAAGAGGGUUUUGAUGAAAAGAGUUCAAUGGCAAUGAAGAAAGAAAAUCCAGAUUAUACAGAUAUGGAGCUUUAUGGAGAAUAUGUAGAGGAAUAUAAACAGAUUAACAUGGUGGACCUUAAAGAGGCAGAAGGCACAUUUUCAGCUGAACAUUUUAUUAAUGAAAAGGAGAAAAACAUUGACCAGAAUGAUCAGGAAAAAGCUGAGAAUGAUGAAAACCAACAACCAGAACUAGAACCGCCAGCUGACGCUUUAGUACUAGAAGAAGAAACUAUGUUAGUAGUUGAAACAAUGGACGGUAAGGUAGAAAUGGAGGUGGAAACCACAAGUAGUGAAGAUGUCAAGCAAAAUGAGCAACAUAAUAGUUCCCCAAAGCUUGAAACAACUGAAGCUGAGAGACAUCAUGAGCAACAAACGCAUCAUUGUGCAGAGUUAUCAACGGGAACUGAUUAUUUAGCGACUAAUCGAGAUGAUUCAGACAUUGAACAACACAAAGAUGAUGGUGCACAUGUCAAAAUUAAAGAAGCUUCAUCUGAAACUGAGUCUAAAGACAGUGAAUCUGCACAUGAGCUAGAGAAAGAUUGCCAGAUUGAACAACAAGAUGAUGAGGAAAAGUGUACGAUGCCGAUAAAGAAAGAAGAUCCAGAAAAUGCAGACAUAGUCCAAUUUGAGCUUUGUGGAGUAGACAUAGAAGAGGAACAACAGAUAAAGCUUGCGGACAUUGAGGAGGCAGAAGGCACAGGAGGUUUGAGACAUUCAGAUGGCCAUUUCACUGAUGAAAAGGAGAAAAACGUUGACCAGAAUGAUCAGGAACAUGAGGAUGAUGAAAACCAACAACCUGAAUUACAAGCGCCAGCUGAUGCAUUUGUACUGGAAGAAGAAACUAUGGUAUUAGUUGAAACAAUGGAUGGAAAAGUAGAAAUGGAGGCGGAAAACACACGUAUUGAAGAGUUCAAGAUAAUGUGUGAAGCUGAUGGAGGUCAUGAAAAGAUACAGAAGGUCAUUGCUGGAGAAACACUGCUGAGGAGUCAUGAAGACGUAAUGGAGGUCAGCAAACCUGUGAUGAAAAGAAGGUUUGGUCAAGUGAACAAAGACAAUCCAGAGGUGAAGAUUCAAGGAAUUAGUUUCAGUCUACAGGACUCCUCUUUGGACUUCACCAUUCAGAAGUCUAGAAUAGCAGUGAAGAAUCCUCUAGUUCGGCCCCCCAAAGACCCCAGAAAGCUGAUCUCCAAGGCCUCAGUCGAGCCGCUUCUCCCACAGCCUGCAGCAUGUUCUCCCAAAGUCAAUGUUUCUCCUCUGAAUAAAGGAAUGAUUGGAUUCAAACUCCCAGGACUUGGAGCAGGGAUGCCGGUUCUGAGGAAAACUGAAUUUGGAAAGAAAGCAAGAGAAGGAGGAGAAGCAGAAGAGACACUACAGCCGCAGCAAAAGUCAGUCGCAGAACCAGAGGAUUCUGUUAAACCAGUGCAAACAACAGCAAAACCCAAAUGGACACCGCCGAGGCAUCCUGGUAUGGGAGGACCCAUGAUGAUGGCAGAACUCAAAAACAAGCUCAAAAAGCAGAGUAACGAGUAAUACAUUUCAUUUCAUCAUCAUUUUGCACUUUGUUUGUCAGCUGUGUUCAGCACUGUUCAGUCUUGUAAAUAUCACUGUUACACUGGGAAAAAACAUGCAGUAACAUUCAACUUCUAUUAUUUUGAUAAACGUUUGUCUGCUUUAUAAACGAUGAGAAUCUCAGGUGUGAUUAUAAAUGUUGCUUUGCAUUUUCUUAACUGAGCUUAUGGAAGUGCUUACAGUGGCUUGUAUUUAUUUUUAUUUGUAUAAAUAUGCCUGCUUAAAA